CAACGCCAACCUAUCGGACCAUUUAGCUUAUAAAAAUUUAUGUAUCAACAUUACUAGAUUUCAUGUACCAAUUUAUCCCUAUAUUAUGAAAUUUAUGUAUCAAAGUGAUCAUCAACCUACAAAUGUUUAACCGUCAAAUUCAUCUUCUUCCCUAGAACGAACGCGAUAAUGAAACCAAUACACCCAAGUAACAGUAAUUCGUUCUCGUUGCAGCCACAAAAGGGCGAUGCAAGUUCAGCUGAGGCUCCACUGUUUCCAGUCCCACUAGGUGUGCUGUUUUCUCUCUUUGGCUGCCAUACUUGGAUGAUUUCUUCUUAUUGUUCGUCUUCAUCACCACCAUCAUCUUCUAGUUCAGAGGAUUCAAUGUAAGAUCACUUCAUUGUUCAAUGGUUUCUAGAUGCUGUCUCUUCCUCUAGGCGUGGAAGAGACCAAACAAACUUAUUGAGAGGGUUCUUCUAGAUCUCAAAUAACAACAAGAUAUUCGCUUCUUGUCACUUCUUAUUCUAUUCGCACUGGAGAAGUAAAGUAAAAACCCCAAUUCUCAAUGGCGACUAACGUGUUUGCUUAUAAUUCGUUCGAGUCACUCGUUCCCAAAAGCUUUAAUUUCUCACUGCCUUCACUUCCUAUUGCACAGCAGGUACCCGUCUCCGUCUCAUCACCCUGCCGCCGGCGCCGGAUAUCCGCUCUCGUCACCAGUAUGGCGCAGUCUACCCAAAACCCAGUGGUUCUGCAGAAUAGAGUCAUAAUUCCAAACAAACAUGGCGAGAAACUGGUCGGAUUGCUGCAUGAUUCUGGGUCCAAGGAAAUUGUCGUCCUGUGCCAUGGUUUUCAAUCUUCCAAGGACUACACAGCCAUGUCAAACCUUGCUAAUGCAUUGGAAAAAGAAGGGAUCACAGCGUUCCGAUUUGACUUUGCUGGUAAUGGGGAAAGUGAAGGCACAUUUGCUUAUGGUAACUAUGGGAGAGAAGCUGAUGAUUUGCGCUCUGUAGUCGAACACUUUGCUGGAGAAAACCGAGUUGUUAGUGUAAUUCUCGGCCACAGUAAAGGAGGGAAUGUGGUGCUCCUAUAUGCUUCAAAGUUCCAUGAUAUCAGGAACGUUGUAAACGUUUCUGGACGCUAUGACCUGAUGAGAGGCAUUGAGGAGCGCCUCGGGAAAGACUUUCUGGAAAGAAUAAAAAAAGAAGGGUUCAUUGAUGUAAAGAAUCAAGCAGGAGAAGUCAAGUAUCGUGCUACUGAAGAGGCUUUGAUGGAUAGACUGAAUACUGAUAUGCACAAGGCAUGCCAGCAAAUUGAUCAAGAUUGCAGUGUUUUGACAAUCCAUGGAUCUGCUGACGAGAUUAUCCCAGUUGAAGAUGCAUUAGAAUUUGCCAAGAUCAUACCAAACCACAAACUACACAUCAUCGAAGGGGCUGAUCACGGAUACAGCUCUCAUCAAACCGAGCUAGCAUCUGUCGUUUUGGAGUUCAUAAAAUCAAGACUGCAGCUGCAGGACAAGAGCUCCACUUCCUAGGAGCGUCGUCGAUUUGAAGCAACUGCUAUUUGCUAUUAUCUCAUCAAACAAUGUAACAUUAGCUCGGUUCUCUAUCAUAUCAGAUUGGCGAUUGAAGAGAGAUGCAGCUUGAAGUUCUGCUGAGGCAUUGAUUAGUCAGGAGCCUAGACUUCCCAGUGAUAUGCAUGUGCCUGUCCUUACUCCUAAGAAUGGAACAAGUUGAUCUUAUUUCAGGAGUUGACUGUGGUACCCUAAUAGCAAUUGCAUUGGCUUUCAAAGCCUACUAGGAACCUACAUGGUAAUUGGUAAAUGGAUUGCAUGAAAGUAGACUCAUUUGCACUGUUGUCUUGUCUAUUGGGUAUGGAAUGCCACAUGAGAUUGUAUCUUAUCUUCACCUUCUAAUUUCUAGUACCGAAAUUACGAUGACUGUAGUAUAUUAAGCUAUAGGAAAUGAAUUUGAAGAAUGUAGAUAGUUUGAAUAUGAUAAAUUCUGUACUCGAAGAUUUCCAUUCGAUCACAUUUGCAACUAGCAUCACAAGCUUGAACCUUGAGUAGCUCUUGUACUCGAAGACAAGAUAGUGGCCAACACACAAUUCCACAUUUCAGUGAAGGGGAAAAUGGAUUGAGCAGCUGCUGAAUCUCCUAUCUAAAGCCAUACUAGAUAAGCUAAAUGGAUUUCAGGAAGAUGAUGAUGAUGAUGAUGAUGCAGGCCGUUGCAGGGCUAUCAGGAUUCAGGAAUCCGAAUCACCCAUUCGGAUGACAGUUGGGCCGAUUUACAGCCCUGGGUCCUGGUUAAUAGAAGAUUAUGGAGAGCCCAAUACAGUUAGGCCCAUUUGUGCAGCAAUCAGUGUAACUUUGUCAAAACGGGUAAUUACACUCGUUGACUGGUUACGAUCGUGUAGGGUAACCAUGAUUACGGGUUGGAUUGACAUCCCUAGUCGACCCGCCCCUCCCCAUACCCGCACGAAUUUUCCCGCCCCGAACCGUAGUAGCAUGGGACAGGGCAUGGGUAUUGAGGUACCCGCUUGCCCCAUUGCCAUCACUAAAUCAGUGGCCUCGUUGCCAUGCCAGCUCAAUCCCUUACAUCUUCUUGAGAAGCAGAAUAUAAGCAUUGACUCACACAACAUAUGAAGUCCAAUGAUUUCUGUAACUUCUUCGAGAAUUUGAGAUGCGACCGUGUGAGACAUGCAACCAUUUACUUAUGAUGAGAAUCAAUCGGUCAUAUCACACGUUUGAAAAUUCUAGGUUGCACGAGAGAACAAAAUAUAUACAUUGAAAUAGAUUGUCACCUUCAUAGAAAAAAAUAUAUGCACAAGUCAUCAACAUCCUCGAUGUCCCUUGUAUUGUACCCAUCAAUCUCCACGGGUUAACAGUUAAGCAUAGAAAAGUUUCGAUGUCACAACUCGUGAUACAAAAAAGGUAUCACUAAUUUUUUUAAUUAAAAUAUAAAAUAUAAUUGUUUAUUAUAUAACCAAAUGUCAGCUCCACAACUCAUUUUUAGAAUAAAAUUUAGAGUGGGAUUCAUAGAACUACUAAAUUCAUCAGAAAUUCAUGUUUUUUUUGUGCUACUUUUUGUAUCAUAGAUUUUAGGUUUGGAGAUUGUGAAUCUCCAAAACUCUCAUAAAUGACUAAAUUUUAUAUUUUGAU